CACCUGUCCCUGUUUUUAAUUAAUUUUUUGUCGAACAGCGAAUAUGGGCACCAAUGACGGGAACCGCGGAUAUCCCCUCCCAAAUUCCUGCGCCCUCGUUUUUUUUCUUUGCAGUUUUGCCAGCACCUGAGUAAGGAUGUAGCAGGAAUUUACGAAUGUGGUUUAGGUUAACAAAAGGAGGGUAUGCAAUCUCCCGGGGGUAUUACCGCUUAUUACCUUUUGACCCCGUACGUUCGAAUUAACCCUUUUGCACCGUUUUCCCUCGGUCGUACUAAAUAAUACCUCCACUAAUACCGCUACACCACAACGUCACCCAAUCGAAUGUCAAAUGUGCCCGACGGGAUACCGCCUCCGAUUCCGACCAUUAAACCAAACCGGAUUAAUUUGAAGAUUCGGAUGGACCUGGUCGAGCAUUUCUCUCGCAGCAGCCAUUUCCAACGGAAGCGCACACACCCAGGCGACAAUGUAUUCCUCUGUCGCAAUAUAAAUUUCUUUUUCUAACCGAUUUACAGCACUAUUUAUUUUUUUCGGGGUUUGAACAUCAUCGAAAUUAAAGCACGAGACUGUGCGAGAGGAGAGACGCAAUGUUUUUGCGGACAUCACCAUGGCCGACGACAGCUACGCUUUCUCUGUGUCCACUGUCGGAGAUUUAGUGACCGCGAGAGGAUUCCAUCUUAGCGGACGUGCCCGUCAUGUUGGUGGGCAGAUCAGCGAUGAAAGCUAUCAAAUGACCGUUGACGCACUUACGAAAUUGGACCUUGCGCACUCUCAGUCCACGCGCCAGAAUAGCCAGGAUCAUGGUCAAAAGACUCAUGGCCCCACACCGGUUCACCCUGAAACCGGGGGUUACGACGUACUGCACACCCAGCGCGAGCUUUGGAAUCGUGUGCUUGAAGUGGCUGGUUUUCGCGAUCUACUGCGGAUUUAUGCGAUACGAGUUGGUGCAGGCAACAGGCUCGAUGGCGCUCUCAGCUCGGCGGUGCGCAACUAUAUGCUUUCUCAUUCAACCACAGUAUAUGAAACAAGCUACCAGCCGAGGAAUGUUGGCCACGACCUUACAGAAAUCGCAUUCGGCGAUCGUGCUGGAAGCAAUAAGGAGCUCUUUGAUCUCAUGCGCGACUCGUCCCUCGGACGGGACGCAGACGCGCCGAUCUAUAUCACCAAAGCAGAAUUGGAAUCCUUCGAAAAGCGGAGUGAUAUGCGUGCUCUUCGUGCGCAAUACGCUAAGCUCAAAAAGGACGAGUCAUUAGAGGCCAAGAAAGAGGCGAAUCGAAUUCAGUCACGACUUGGAAAAUUAGUCAAUGAACUCACUGCCUUGACACUGAGUGUAAAGAGAAGGGACUAUUUUAGAUUUGUCGAUACACGUAGAGCGUCUGGACGGGCAACAGACGAUCUGCACGUCGCACCCAUCAACCCCCGACGAACCCGUCAUGCGGAAGCCGGCCCCCCAGCCAUGAUGGUCGGUCAGAUUAUGUGCCAAGACAGUACUGCGGUGGAUUCCGGGACGGCGAUGGAACUAUGGGGAAGCUCGCUCGUCGCGUUUCUCAAAUGCAGGGACGACGAUCUCAAAGCAGCACUAGCGCCCACACUAAUACCGUCGAUAUCAGUCACCAACUCAAUUUGUCUAUUAUGCAAAAAGGAAUUCACGCAGCGGAGAAACUUGACGCGUCAUGUCGCCUCGGUCCACAACAAACAAUUUCAGCGGCCUUUUGACUGCCCUGUGUGCGUUGACAAAUGCAUCAUUAACGACGCUGCGCACUGGAGCCACCACAUUGACAUUUUCCAUGGCCGGCAAAAUGCACCACGCUUCCCUCCAAAGACCGCGGUUCAACCAACAGACGAUGCUGAAAUGCCUCCGAUGCCGGUUAUCAGACUAGAUCGUCUGGAUACUUCCAAACCGACAUGUCUUUUGUGUGGCAAGUCAUUUGCGACAAAGAAAUCCCUGACACGACACAACAAAGAGGUCCACCAUCAGGAAGGACGCUUUCGGGGGCCUUUUGACUGCCCUGCCUGCAACAAGGAGAAUGGAAUGCCCGUUUGCACCAUAUUCAAUGCCGUAGAGUGGAGCAACCACGUUGAGACAGUCCACGGUCCACAGAACACCCCAGGUCUGCCAACAGACGGCCAGACGAACUUCGCUCGUAAGAGGAAGAGGAAGGGAGAUAGAAAGGAUGAGUAUAGUGAAACAGAUACGAUGGAGACAGUAGUGGCGGGAUCUCAGGAAAACCCGGGGUUCCUCGGGGAACGUGCCAAAUAUGAAGGCAAAGUGGCUUUUUGCCUUUUCUGUCAGCUUCACUGGGCCCCUGGAACAUACUUCGCAAGGCAUCUCAACGCGAAGCAUUCGAAGCAUUUUGAAUCCCCUUUCUCAUGCCCCGAAUGUCCAUCGAAUGACGGUUGUUUAAUUUUGGAUCUCUUUACAUGGAAACGGCACAUAUCCGAAGUUCAUGGGGGCGAUAAUGGCGCUCUGCUUGUGGAUCAAGGGUGUGAACGGAUCUCGCAGAGAGACGGGACCAAAAGGCGACGGGAAGAAGACGACAUGUAUCCCAAGGAUACAGCGGCGACGAAGAAGCAAAGACCAAGCGCGAUGCUGGAGGAUGUCAUCGAUCAUGCUGGUAGGACCAGUGUGAUCGAUUAGGUUAUUAUUUCUGGGAGGCCGGUGUUAGAGGCUAGAUAGAUAUAAAAGUUGCAUGGCCUAUUUUCAAUUAUAUGGCUGGGCAUACUCGGUUUGUUAUGCCCUGGCUGCGCUACUAGGCAUAUAAUAGCUCCGGCCCAUCCGUCUUCUGUACUGUCUGGGUCCAUGCAGAAUUGUUGUCUUUCAAAGGCUAAAUUUGGAAGUGAAAAAUGGUCGCCUAGAGUUAGCUGAUUCGCGACGCGAUUAUGG